UAUGACUGCAGUUCACGUUGUUGAACUAGCGGUCAGGUCAAACCGGUAGUUUUCACUUCCACGCAAGACUGGAUUAGACUGUUGAAAAUUGACACUGCGUUUUCGGUGACUCUUAACGUUACAUCGACGCAGUUUGUAAAGUACAGCGUUUCAUCGGUAUGUGAUAGCCAUAUUCUAUAUGGCCCUUGAAUUUAGGCUAAUUUACGUCUUACACUCGGAGAUAAGACGAUGCAGGGGUUAAGAUGCAGUAUCGUGUUUCUUGUCGUGAUCCUGGUAUCCCAGAAGUCCACAGCGGUCAGUCCAAGUAAUGGCGGCCCGUUCCGCCCCAAGUUUCCCAGGGUGCACCACGACAUCCAGGAGGGUCAGGACUACGGAGACCCUCUCUACCUCACUCCUUAUUUGGAACAGGGCAUGGCACAGAAAGCUAAGACGCUGAGUGAAGUACACCUUCCUGGCACAUCAGUCAAAAGCUACUCAGGCUACCUGACUGUCAACAAAGCCUACAACAGUAACCUGUUCUUCUGGUUCUUCCCUGCACUGACCGACCCUGAGAACGCCCCGUUACUCCUGUUCCUCGAGGGUGGUCCGGGUGCAACAGCCAUGUACGGAAUCUUCACGGAGACUGGGCCAUUCUACAUCACAAAGGAUGCUCAGUUGAUGAGUCAAAACGUGACCUGGAUUUCUGCCUACUCCAUGCUGUACUUUGACAGCCCUGUUGGAACAGGAUUCAGUUUCACUAAGUCUGACGCUGGAUUCUCCACAAACGACGAAGAAGUAGCUGACAACCUCUACAAUGCGUUGCUGCAGUUUUUCCAAAUCUAUCCAGAUUUCCAGAAGAGAGAUUUCUAUAUCACAGGAGUGUCCUAUGCAGGGAAGUAUGUCCCAGCACUGAGCUACAAGAUCCACAUGGAAAACCCAACAGCCACGUUAAAGAUCAACUUCAAAGGCAUGGCCAUCGGGAACGGCUGGUGCGAUCCUAUAAAUCAAUACCGUGCCCUCCCAGACUUCAUGUACAACACAGGGAUGUGCAAUAACAAGCAGGCUUUCCAGCUCGGGGAGACCGUGAACCUGAUGGAGACGCAGGUCAACGAAAAGCUCUACAUUCAAGCAUUUGAGACGUUUGAUGCCCUCAUCGGCGGUGCCCUGACUCCCUACCCUACUUUAUUCUACAACAUCACCGGUGGGUCCAACUACUUCAACUACCUCAGGACUGUGGAGCCUCCAGAGCAGGAGUACUUUUGGACGUACCUGGCCAAACCGGGGGUUAGGAAAGCCAUCCACGCGGGGAACCUGACCCUCCACGAUGGGAUAGACGUGUUGAAACAUCUGCUGAUGGACUUCAUGCAGCCUGUCGUACCCCAGUUAAUCACAAUCAUGGAUAACAACUACAAGGUGUUAAUGUACAAUGGGCAGCUGGACGUGAUUGUUGCUGGUGUACUGACUGAAGCCUUCCUACAGCGACUUCCCUGGUCCAAACUGGAUCAGUACCAAGCGGCUAACAGGACGGUGUGGAAAAUUAACCCGUCAGACACUGACGUGGCCGGCUUUGCCCUACAGGUGGACAACUUCUACCAGGUGAUCGUCAAGGGUGGUGGCCAUAUUCUUCCAUUCGACCAACCAGAGCGGGCCUUUGACAUGAUUGACAGAUUCGUGUCCGGUAAAGGUUUCCAAUGACUGGCUGGAGACCAAU